UUCUCAUGUUGAAGACGAUUUCCCUUUGUAUUGAUGUCGCAAUUAUUGCCAACACAUCUCCGACAGAUUUGGAUAGUCUCUCUAGGCAAUGGAAAUAUAACUUUUCAAAACGUCCUACCUGGUACGAUGCUGGUAUGGCAUUGCAUCAGAUUAUCAGAGGGAAAGCUGUUGGCUUUAGGGCGCCGCUCUAUUCGCGCAUAUUCAUUCAACAUUCCCUAUUUCGUGCCGGUUGUUUUGUUCAAAGGCGAGCCUGGUUCAUAAUUGUUACAUUGAUGACCUUUUUCUCUUUUUGUUGCUUUGGACUUCGGUACGUGAAUGUGGAAACCGACAUUGUUAAAUUAUGGGUUUCUGAAGGUGGACGUCUAAAUGAAGAACUCAAAUUCCUAACUACACUUCAAAAUCGGUCACGUGACACUUACAAAUUGGAUGAAUCUUAUCUUUUAAGAAACUUUGAACGAGAUGAUUCCGAUCCCCGACUUGGUCUUAUACCAGAAGAUGACGCUCCUAUGGCUUCUUAUCAGGUUCUUAUACAAACUGCCGAUCCUAAUUCACGCGAGCAUAACGUUCUCUCUAGAAUCGAUUUGCUUAAGCAUGUUAAUUUGUUAAAGGAAAUUACGCAAAUGCGCGUUUUCAAAUUUGGCCGUUAUUGGCGUCUUGAGGAUAUUUGCUUCAAGCCUGGCUCUCUUGAUAUUUCUAACAGUUCAAUUGCACAUGCUUUGAAGCCUACGUUAGAGCGACUCGUCCCCUGUGUCUGGAUUAGUCCUAUUGACUGUUUUUUCGAAGGUGCUAAACCUCUUGGUCCUUCGCCGCCAAUUAAAUUGAAAAAUAUUCCGUUUGGACCACUUCUCAAUAUGUUACUUUCUGACAUGCCUGAUGAGGCUACUUGGGCAAACUUAAAUCCUGAACAAAUAAUACAGCAGGUUGCAGGCACUUUUGAUCUUGGAACUAUCAAUAACUUUUUCUUACGUUCGGGAAUUGGAACUGGAUAUUUACAAAGGACAUGCAUUGAUCCGCUGGAUCCGAACUGCCCUAAAACUGCGCCAAAUUUUUAUAAUUCUUGUGAAGCAAUUUUGCAUCUGGAGCAGAGUUUAUCACAUCAAAAUUCCACUUUAACCGAAUUUCUUUCGCCCUUUACCACCUCCAAGGAUUCUGAAAUGAAUCUUCAUCAACCGACAUCUGCUUUAGACAUUCUUGGAGCGCUAUUUUUUAAUCAACGGUUAAAUGAAAAUAAAACGGAAAAGGGUUUAUCUUCACGAUCUACUUGUGAGAAAUAUAGAACUCCGUUUUUGCGUUGGAUGGCUUCAGAAUGGGAUAAGGCAAAGCAGCAAUUUCCAUCUAAUUUUUUACCAACUUUUCCCAACUAUGGGCUUUUGAUGAAAAAUGGUUGUAAUGGAAUAGCGAAAAAUGUAAUGAAUUGGCCAGCUGAAAUGAUUCUUGGCGGAAUUCGCCAAAUUGGAAAUAACGUCGAAGCGGAUGCUCUACAGUCAGUCAUUCUUGUUGCUACUCCAACGGAUGUCUUUCGACGUUUUAAGGAUUCGAACAUAUUUUCUGGUAUAAACUCGACUUUAUCUUCCAAAGAUUGGUCUCCUCUUACUGCUCGUGAUAUCAUUCAAGAUUGGGCUCGUGCGUUUACGGAUAAAAUUUACAACCAUGAUUUAAAUAAAAAUGGUCAUCGUGUCGUACAUUCUUUAGCGUCCAAUUCAAUUUCUGAUAUGUUGGCAGAGUUUUGUGAUUUUAAUUAUGCAAUUAUUCUUGUUGGUUAUUUAUUGAUGCUUGUUUAUGCCCUUUAUUCUCAAUGCCGUUUUGAUGGUUGUUGCUCACUUGGUGUAGAAUCUGCUGUGGGGCUUGCAUUAGCGGGUGUAUUAACUGUUACACUCAGCAGUGUUGCCGGUCUGGGUAUUUCAACAUGGUUUGAUAUCCAUUUCAAUGCUGCAACAACUCAAAUUGUUCCUUUUUUGGCACUAGGCAUUGGAGUUGAUAAUAUGUUUAUGCUUUUGCAUUCUUACCCCGAGGUCGUUUCAAAUGUGAAUCGAAAUGAGCUUGGAUUUCUUCUCAAGCAGACUGGAACCAUUUUGCCAAUACCGGCAUUGCGGUCUUUUUGCGCACAAACAGCUAUUUUGUUGUCAGUUAAUCUGGUUGGUAUCUUUCUCAUCUAUCCUGCUUUUAUUGCUUUGGAUUUAAAGAGGCGUAAAGCUGGAAGGAGGGAUUUGGCGUUUUUAGCUUAUUAUUGUCUCUGUAUGGAUGAAAGUGUUGGAACUGUUCAGCAUUAUCAACACCAAAAUAAUGACAACAAUGGAGUAACUCAUCAAGAAUUAAUAAAUGCGACAAGUGAUUAUGAAUGCGCCAGUCCGCCUUAUUUACCGGCAGAUUUGGACAAAACUGUUAGUAGUUGCAAACACCCAGAAAUUGUUUAUACCCAACCAAAGAUCAACAACGUUCAUCAAUUUAAACGUACCAGAAAACGAAAACAAAAGAAGUCCUAUAGAAUGUAUACUCUUCAAGGCUUUCUUCAUAUUGUUUACAUUCCAUUAUUAAAAUACACGACUUUUAAGAUUGGUGUGCUACUAUCAGCUUUCGGACUGUUUCUUUUGAGUCUUUACGGAAUAAGCCAUUCAACUAUUGGUCUUGAGUUAAGUGACAUUUUACCUGAAAAUUCGGCACCAGCUGACUUUUUAAGAACACGCGAUCGUUAUUUCUCGUUCUAUCCUAUGAGUAUUGUGUUGCAUGGUUAUUCACGUUUUGUUGUCAAGCUGGCUGAUGGUGAACCUUCUGAACGAUAUUGGCUUCAGCUAUUUCGAGACUGGCUUAUUGGAAUGCAGCAACGCUUAGAUAAUGCUAAAAUUCAAUUUGGUGAUUUAAAUUCUGCAAAUUUAACUUCGUCAAUGAUUGGCAAUCCUGACUUACAAAUUGCUUUUUCUCUGGCAUGUUCUUAUGGAGAAAAUUAUGAUUGCGAUCGGGUUAACUUUGUGCGUUUAAUUGAUGAGAGUGGGACAAUCAACUCUGAUGGUUUUUACAAUUAUCUGUAUGGAUGGCAUGAAUAUGAACAAAUGUUCUAUGCUGUUUCUCAAGCAAGUUUUUAUCCUCGAUUGAAAAAACUACGUCAAGGAACUCCCGGAAAUAUGAAAUAUCGUUAUUUUAUUCCACCUGCACCAAAGCCACUAUUCAGCCGUAUUCCUUUCUAUCUUUCUGGGUUGCAUGAUACGCCGACCAUAAUGCAAAUGAUUCACGAUAUUCGAUCUAUUAGCGAGAAUUACACUCGCAUGGGAUUGGUCAAUCACCCCGAGGGUGUGCCAUUCACUUUUUGUUUAAUAAUUUUCAAUCCAUGGGCCGCUGGGAUAGUCACUUUGGUUGUGUUGAGCAUGACUGUGGAAUUGGCUGGUUUUAUGGGGUUGGCACAUGUCAAGUUAAAUCCUAUUUCUGCUGUUACGUUGAUAACGGCUGUCGGUAUUGGAGUCGAAUUCACUGCUCAUGUAGUUUUGGCUUUCCUCACUUCGUUAGGUACUCGGCAUGAACGAAUGGAGGAAUGUUUAAAACAUAUGUUCGUCCCAGUAAUUCAUGGCGGAAUGAGCACUCUUUUGGGCAUUGUGAUGUUAGCCUUUUCUCAAUUUGACUUCGUUUUUAAAUACUUUUUUGUGGUUAUGACUGCACUAGUAAUUAUUGGAAUGUUAAAUGGUCUUGCACUUUUGCCUGUUAUUCUUUCGAUAAUUGGACCACCCUGUGAGAUAAAACCGGUCGGUGAUGGCGCAGUUAAUCGCCUUAGAUGCCUAUCUGUCAACGACAAACCAAGGCUUAAACAAUUGACAGCCUCUACCAAAUUCUAUUUACCUUCUUCUAACCUAUCAACAUUUCACCAUUAA